UGGUUAGCAAACUCGAUCAACGAUUUUGAGAGCGAUUCAGAGCGAUUUUCUCAUUAAUUUUCCAAAAUGUCUAUGUGGGCAUCAGUAAAUCGUAAUAUCUUCAAGCGAACUUCCACGUUCGCCCUUGCUAUCGCAUCGGGAACGUUCUUCUUUGAAAGAACUUUCGACUUGGUGUCCGUCUCUAUCUUUGAGAGAAUAAACAAGGGAAAACUAUGGAAUGACAUCAAGGACAAAUACCAAUAAAUAACAUGCAAUGUCAUAAACAGUUUAUUAGUUAAUUACACCAUUGAUUAAAUUAUUAUUAUUUAUACAA